AUGGCGGAGCGCUACAUCCCCGAACAUCGCCGCACUCAGUACAAGGCCAGAAACCAGUUCCGGCCUGAUGAGCUUCGUCGUCGUCGUGAGGAACAGCAGGUGGAGAUUCGAAAGCAAAAAAGAGAAGAAAACUUGGCCAAGAGACGAGGCAUCCAGACCCGAGAUGGUGGAAUUGGUGUCGAAGGUGGCAUGCCAGCUGCCGAGAGUGAUGAUGAAGCCAGUGCCAUAGAAAGUGAGCUCAAUGUGGAAUUGCCGGAGAUGGUCAAAGGCGUUUUCUCUGAACAGAUUGAGUCGCAGAUCCAAGCUACAACCAAAUUUAGGAAGCUGCUCUCCAAGGAGCGUAACCCUCCCAUUGAGCGUGUUAUCGAGACUGGCGUGGUUAGCCGCUUCGUGGAGUUCCUUAGAUCCCCCCAUACUUUGGUUCAGUUCGAAGCUGCUUGGGCUUUGACCAAUAUCGCCUCUGGAUCUGCUCAGCAAACCCAGGUUGUCAUUGAAGCUGGUGCUGUGCCAAUUUUCGUCGAGCUCUUGAGCAGCCCUGAACCUGAUGUCCGUGAACAGGCAGUUUGGGCUCUGGGAAACAUUGCUGGUGAUAGUCCCCAGUGCCGUGACUUCGUGCUGAACGCGGGUGCUCUCCGCCCCCUGCUGAACCUCAUCAAUGAUGGUCGGAAGCUGAGCAUGCUUCGCAAUGCUACGUGGACGUUGAGCAACUUCUGCCGUGGCAAGACGCCACAGCCUGAUUGGAAUACCAUUGCUCCUGCUCUUCCUGUCCUCGCCAAGCUCAUCUAUAUGCUCGAUGAUGAGGUCUUGAUCGAUGCCUGCUGGGCUAUCUCAUAUCUGUCCGAUGGUGCCAAUGACAAAAUCCAGGCUGUCAUUGAAGCAGGCAUUCCCCGUCGUCUGGUCGAGCUUCUCAUGCACGCAUCCACGUCAGUCCAGACUCCAGCUCUCCGGUCCGUUGGAAACAUCGUGACUGGCGACGAUGUUCAAACUCAGGUCAUCAUCAACUGCGGCUCCCUCCCAGCCCUACUUUCACUUUUGGGCUCUACCAAGGAUGGCAUCCGGAAGGAGGCGUGCUGGACUAUUUCCAACAUCACUGCGGGUAACUCUAGCCAGAUCCAAGCCGUGGUGGACGCUGGCAUCAUCCCUCCUUUGAUCAACUUGCUCGCCAACGGAGACUUCAAGACCCGCAAGGAAGCCUGCUGGGCUAUCUCCAAUGCUACUUCCGGUGGACUGCAGAAACCUGAUCAGAUCCGUUAUUUGGUCUCUCAAGGAUGCAUCAAGCCCCUCUGUGACCUUUUGGCUUGCCCCGACAACAAGAUCAUUCAGGUUGCUUUGGAUGGUUUGGAGAACAUUCUCAAGGUCGGUGAUAUGGACAAGGAGACAGCACAGCCUGGCGAGGCCCGCGUCAACCGUUAUGCCCUGUUCAUUGAAGAGGCCGGCGGUAUGGAGAAGAUUCACGACUGCCAGAACAAUGCCAACGAGGAGAUCUACAUGAAGGCCUACAACAUUAUUGAGAAGUACUUCUCCGACGAGGACGAGGCCGGUGGAGAUAUCGAUGAACUUGCUCCUCAGCAGACCCAGACUGGUUUCUCCCUUGGCACCACCCAGCAACAACCAGGUGGGUUUACUUUCGCCAACGGUGGUGACUCUAUGGAUAUGUAA